CUUUGGUAAAUUUUAGUUGACUACUAACUGUUGGACGGGAAGGGUGUGUUUGAUGUUGUCGGAAAGCGGAUCAUACGCGAACGUAAUUACGAAAUAUAUGAAGUGUUAAUGUAUUAACUGUGUGACAUCUAUAAGAUGUUUUAUUGAGUGGAUUUUGAUACGUUUUCUAAGGAUUAUUUUGGAGGAUCGAUAUUGAAGAGAAUCAUUAUGUCCAGUGUUUUGUCUACCAGCACUGCGGAUGCUGUUCAAGCUGAUGUUAAAGAACGUAUAUCAGAAAGAGACGCGGGUUUUGUAUCGGGCGGCGACGAUGACGACUCUUGCUCCGGCCCAGCGCACUCCGACGACUCGGGAGUCAGACUCGUCACAGACAGGAAGCGCGACAGAACACCAACCAGAAUACAACCACCUAAAAAACGGAUAAGACUAGGCUCUAGAGAAGACCUAACUAGCCCUGAAAGCGACUCGUCCAACCCCUUCAGACCCUGGUCCUUCGCGGAGGAACCCCAAAAUGAACCUCUCUCCUUAGUCAAGAAGACGAGUGAAACUAGUCUACUUAGGCAACGACGGAGGCCGAUAGAACCACCUCCGGUCACAAUAAUAAAACCCAUUGGCCCCCCGAGAGUACCGCCACAUCCAGGGGUCAUUGAACCGUUCUCAGACAAGAAGCCCAGAGAGCAGAGGAAUUAUAAGAACAUGACAAGGGAGAGGCGGAUAGAAGCAAACGCUAGGGAGCGAACGAGGGUCCACACAAUAAGCGCUGCGUUUGACACGUUGCGAAAAGCGAUACCCGCGUACAGUCACAACCAGAAACUGUCAAAAUUAUCAGUUUUAAGGAUAGCGUGUGCGUACAUUUCCGCAUUGUCAACAGCGAUGGAACCAGAUGCGGACCUUUCGGAUGCUGUGGAGAAGGUCACGCAGACAAUACACACGGAAGGCAAGUUGCGGAAAAAGAAGGACGACCCAUGAGUUCUUUAACUGUACUCUACCAUAGUACAAAACGACAAUAAUCCUAGCUAUAAUGAGCUUUGAAUCUCGCGUGGAUCACGCUUGUCCGUGUUUAUGUUCCUAUGGACUGAAAUGUGCUUUAGUUAAACUGUUUUUGGGUUUGAAUUGUUAUAAUUUAUUUAACACGUGAAAUGCCUUUUAAUUUGCGUAACAGUUUUACUAUUGUACAAUUAAUUAGUCUAAAAUUGAAUAGUUCACUCCAAUAUUUAGUCAUUUCAUUUCACAUCCAUGACAUCCAAAUUUUCAAAAAUAAAAUACCUCACUAAAUUAAGUAAAUAGUCCGUCGAUACAUCUGUAACAAACGGCCAAGCCAUUGUUAACCAUUCCCAACACAGUAUUAAGUGAUGACAUAUGGCGAACCUGUAUAAAUAUUUUAUUUGGCUUUAAUACUUUAUAUUUAUUAAAAACCGAGUCAGUAAUUUUAAGACAGAAUUGUAUAUUUUAUAUAAUAUAGUAAACUUGUGUACUUUGUAAAUAUUAAUGUAAGUUGUAUAGAUAUAUCACGUUUUUAAGAUAGAUGUUAUAUAAUUUUGAGGCAUUUUGUAUCUGUAAAUCACUUCUGUGUUGCGAAUUAAAGAAUACAGAUAAAAAAGUUAAAAUUAUAUUUCUGUGUAGAGUCUAGCAACACCACCGUGCCGUGAACUAAAAUGCCUUGAACAGAUGUUGUGAUAAUAAUGUAAAUAUUAAUAUUAUUGUUUCAUAAGGUUUAAAUAUAACAUUCAAUUGUUAUAUAUAAAGGGAAAGAAAGACAUUGUUGUAAAUGCAUUUAAAAGUGAUUUGUUUGCGAUUUUUAAAUUUGUAAUAUUACACUUGUUUUUUUAUUAGUUAGUUACAAGUUUCUAAAAGUAUGCAACUCGUAAAAGAAUUUUAAUCUCAAAGGUUCAAAUAAUACUAGUCUCAUUAAAUUUACGUCAAUAUUGCUGCAAAUCACUGCAAAUGCUUUGAUGAGUUAUAAAAGAACAGAAAUAAACGAAAUUGAAUCGUUA